AUGUCAUACAACUUGCUACACGUUGUUAAGCCAUUGAUGCCGUACAUUCCUGAUGUGCUGUCGCCAGCAAGAACAAUAACAUUCCAUGAAAGAUUUAUCUGGACCACACUGGCAGUUCUGAUCUAUCUUGUGUGUUCUCAGGUUCCGCUAUUUGGAAUAAUAUCAAGUGAUACAGCAGAUCCAUUGCAAUGGAUGAGAGCCAUGAUGGCCUCAAAUAGGGGAACACUGAUGGAUCUUGGGACAAGCCCGGUAAUAACAUCGAGCCUGAUUAUGCAGUUUCUGACGAUGUCGGAAAUAUUGAAAGUAGACUGGUCAAUCAAGGAAGACAAGAACCUUCAUAAUGCAACACAAAGACUCAUAGCAUUCAUAAUGACUAUUGGGCAGGCAUUUGUACAAGUUUACACUGGGUUCUAUGGAAGUCCUCAAAGCUUGGGAACCACAUAUUGCUUGCUGCUUGUUGUUCAAUUGAUAUUUUCAGGGAUCAUAAUAAUUCUUCUUGAUGAGCUUCUACAGAAGGGAUAUGGACUAGGGAACGGAGUAAAUCUGUUUAUUGCAACGAAUGUUUGCGAAAACAUCGUUUGGAAGGCAUUCAGUCCAAAGGUAUUCUUUACAGGAAGGGGAAUGGAGUUUGAAGGAUCAGUGAUUUCAUUUUUCUAUCUUCUGGUCGUAAGGAGAAAUAAGUUUGCAGCACUGUACGAGGCCAUGUUUAGGCAAAAUCUUCCAAAUCUGUUUUCAUUGAUAUCAACCAUUAUUAUGUUCAUGACUGUUAUCUACUUGCAAAGUGUAAGGGUUGAACUUCCUACAGAGUCAUCGCAAGUGAGGGGACGAAUAGGAAAAUUUCCCAUCAAACUACUUUACACCUCUACAAUGCCAAUAAUUUCACAGAAUUACAUUGUUGGGCAUUUUUCAUCAAUAUCAUCAUUCCUGUACAAAAGAUGGCCACAAUACUUGUUUGUAAGAUUACUAGGGACAUGGAAGUCUUCUAAGAGUGGCAGGUUUGUUCCAGUAAGUGGAAUUAGCUAUUAUCUCACGUCUCCAGAAUCAAUCAUGGAAGGGCUAAAACAUCCUUUACAGCUUGUGAUUUACCUGUUUAUCAUGUUUACAACGUCUGCAAUUCUUAGUGUAUCAUGGCUCGAGCUGAAUGAGUCUUCACCUGAAAAGACUGCACAGAAACUGAAGGAGUCCAAGAUGAAGCUCAAAGGAGUAAGGGAGGGAAACACUGCAAGUGUUUUGAGCAAGUAUAUUCCCACGGCUGCGCUUUUGGGAGGGAUUCUUACAUCGAUGGUUGUGAUCAUGUCCAAUCUUUUCGACACGAUCGGAAGUGGGACAAACAUCUUUCUGGCAAUAUCAAUUGUAAGUCAAUAUCUUGAAAUGUUUGCUAAGGAGUCGAUGCAGAAGAAUGGUGAAAUACGUUUUGUUGAAUAA